AUGCGACAGGUGACUGCUGAAAUCACUUGGCUUGUUCGUCUUCUUGAUGAUUUAUCUGCUCCUCCAACUUUGCCGGUCCCUUUACACUCUGACAGUCAGGCGGCAAUUCAUAUCGCUCGCAAUCCCGUUUUCCACGAACGGACCAAAGAUGUGGAGUUGGAUUCUCAACUCACAGAUUUUUUUAUCAAACCCUUAUCUGGGGUUUCUCACACCAACAUCAUGAGCAAGCUGAGGGUUUUGUCUCUACCCACCAGCUUGAGGGGGGAUGAUGAAGAGAAGAAGACGAUGGCUUCUUCACAGCCAUUUUUACCCAAAGUUUCACACAGAAAAGAGAAGGAAGAAGAAGAGACUAUUCAGACACACACCUAA